UCUCUUUGUUUCUUCUCCGUCAGUAGGUACUUAAUAAUCUAAUGGCAACGUUGCGAUGUAACUAACAUCGCGGUGAUUCCCCCACCAGUUGAUCAACAACGUUUGACAAAAAGUACGCGACCAGCGAAAGCUCAGUCAUUGUCCGCAAAUCGAAAGCCUCUCUCCUCUCCAAAAAUCCCCUCUUUUACGUAACCUUGAAUUAGUUUAAUAAAUCGCCCGCCUAAUUGCAGCGCUUUCUUUGUUCUUUAUUGUGUGAUACUAAUGCCGCAAAUAUCGAGAACAAAGCUCAGUGAACAUUGAAUGUACUCGUGUCGCAUUUGUAUGCUUUACGUUGCGUUACAUUUUUCUAUCAUUUUUAUUCUUGUCAAAGAUGUCUGAACAAAUCGGAAAUAGAGUUUAUAAUUAUUUAAUUGGAUUUGAAAUUCAUAAUAUUAAUAAUAUUAAGUUACCUUCGUGUAGGGAUGUAUUGAAUCUCUUUAUUUACAAACAUCAAUCCUUAAAAUUAAGUAUACGAGCAAGUGCUAGUAGUGUGAUCAGUGAUACGAAUGCUAUUUGGGCUAAUCUUUUGAUUCCAACUUCUCGACCUCAGCACAGUAUUAAAAAAUUGGAAAAAAUUCACAGUGACUACAUGAAACUGAAGAAUCAUCGAAGUCGUGCAAAGACAUCGAAAAGACAACGAAAAAAUGUGGAACAGUUUAGCAAACGUCUUGAUAAAUUAUUUGACAUUGCAAAUUGUGCUGCACUAAAAAAUUUACCGAAAAAUUUGCAGCAAUUUUUGACAGAUUGUCGUAAAGGAAAUAGAAAUAUCCAUCUACCAGCAAUUGACGUUAUACCAGAAGAAACUUCUGGAAAUCUGUCUGCGAUGGAAGUAGAAACUCCCAAUAAUGAGGAAAUUGAAUCAUCAUCCGAGAAAUGAUUACAAGGAGUUUUUGGAGCUGAGCUGUAUCUUUUUGGGUGGUAUCAAAAGUCAUAGAGCCGAAUUUAAAGCACCUGGUGCUUUUCAUCACGCACGGUGGUUAUCGAAAGCUCUCUAUUGCUUGAAAAUAUAUAUGUUUAGAAACCAGUUUAAAAUGGGAGGAAACGAAAAAAAAAUUUUGCAGAAAAUAUGUGUUUUCAUCGUAAUAUUUUAUGUAAAAAUAUGGUUUACUGCUCCUAAUGCAAUAAAUGCUCCAAACUCGGA